AUGCCCACGUACACCGUCAAUACCCUGGGCCAGGCCGACUUUGACCUCGCUGACGCCCUGGAUGACCCGGGCUGUACCCGCAGCUGCCUGACCCGCCCAGGCCGCGACCCCCGGGUCGGGAUGGAAACAUCUACCUCCCGCCCUGACGCCGGCCUCCACCCCAGCCCCAACCCCCGCCAGGCGCAGGAGGUGAGGACAUGGAAGGGGGAAGGCCCGGAUGUGGAGGCUGGGGAUGGAGAGGCCCGGAUGGAGAGGCCUGGAUGUAGGGAACCCAGUGUGGAGGCUCGGAUUUAUGGACCCGGAUGCAGUGCGCUGGCCCGCGUCGUGUCCCCUGUAGUGUCCGUGGUGGUCGUGGCCCUGGUGGGCGCCGCCAUCACCUACUUCUAG